AUGGAGAUCACCGUGCACUCGUCGAAGUCCUUGAAGCCCGACAACGGGGACGGUUGCAGGGUCGCCGGCGACGUCAUCCCAUUAAGUGUGUUCGACAUGGUGAACUACGACGAGUACAUCUUCUACGUGUACGCUUUCCACCCGCCCGCGCCACCCAGCGUCGCCCUCGAGGCGGGGCUCGCCAGGGCGCUGGCCGCGUACCUCGAGUGGGCAGGCCGCCUCGGCGACGGCCCCGUGAUCGUGCUCUGUGACGCCGGCGCACGGUUUGUCGACGCUACCACCGACUCCGAGCUGGGCAGCGGCGCCGUCGCGCUUCUGGCUGCUGGAAGCAAGGUGCUGAGCCUAUACCCUAGUUGA